UCUAUGCCAACGUGCUGUAUGUAGUAAAUAGAGGAUCGUGUGCAUGAACACAGUCUGAAGUCUUCUUUACUCGUUAGAAAUUUAUAAAGACAAAUUUAAAAUGUCUCUGAACGAGUCAUUGCAGCGCCAAUUAGAAGAGUGCAAUCUACUUUUUUUAAAUGCUGGGGGCGACAUACAUGUUAAUGUCAAAACUACAUUCCCUCUUUUCAUCAAAAAUCUGGGCGAUUGCUUGAGGACCAAUGUGAAGCGAUGCAAGGAGAGAAACCUGGAAGAAGCUUCCAAGCUGCUCAAGAAAAUAUCGAAGAAUCUGCUGGAGUCCCUAGAAAUAAAGUACAUGCUGCCUCUAACACAGUUAAUCAUCUCCAUGCAGUUGGAAACUCUGCAGGUCUCCACAGUCUUCCGGAAACUGGACCAGAUGAUGCAACACUUCUCAGAGAUCAACCAUUCUCUCGUUUUCGAAGAGGUACAAAAGUGUUUGAAAGCUGUAAUGGAUUCGGAACAGAUGUUGGAGGCGAAGGCACUUCAGACAGUUGGCAUGUUCCUGGAGGACAGCACAGUGGGCCGGGAAGUUCUGAGACAGGCUUUCCCCUCUUUGCUCCACAAAGUGGACCAGGCAUUUUACAGCAUCAUGGAGCAGGAGCUCUUAAGAAAUGGAGACGCGUGUUAUAAUGCUGUCAAGGUGUGUCUGCAGAUGUUCCAGCUGUUGCCUGAAGAGGUGACCCCUCUGGUGUGGAAGGAUGGGGGCGCUGUCUCGCCUCUGCCAGACAUUUUGAAGUACUUGAUGGAUAUUAUCCUAGGAGAGAGCUCCUGCAGGGACACCCGCCUCCUGGCUGGCACAGCCAUGGUCAUGCUGAUCAACACCUCCCCGACGGCUGAGGGCGGAGCCACAGCUGCGUGGAGCAUGCUAGAGGUCACAUGCCAAGAGCUACAGGAACUGCGUGUUGGGGAGCUGAGGGUACAGUGCAGGCCGGGGCAGGAUUGUGUGGGGAGGCUGGCGGUGAGCAGGGGGCUGCUGUCAUGCUGCCGCAAGGAUGUGCUGCUCUGGGGCAGAGGCGGCAAAGAGAGAUGUCUGCUUCUGGAGGGGCUGUUCCCAAUUGUUUCAGCUUUAUGUGAGAAGAGCUUUGACUGUCACUACUACGUCUUUCAAGUGCUUGUACUGUGGCUGAGGCAAGUGAAGGAGUGCCUCAUGGGGUUAUGGGACUUGAAGAGUGCUCCCUUGCUGCUGGAGGACUCCAUUCUGUGUCGACAGCUUGUCCAGGUCGUUUGGAACAUCGCAGAAAGCCCUGUUGAAGGUGUGUCCGAGUCCGUGCACUGCUCCUUCCGCCUCCUGCUGGAGAUUCUCGACCUGGAGCGGCGUCGCUUCCCAGAGACGGAGAUGCGUCUGUACUCUUCCCUGCUGAGCUUUGUUGGUGCCCUGCCCUGGGAGGCAAAGGCCAAAUACUUCCCUCUUUGUGCUCUUUUGCCGUAUGUCGGCAGCGGCGUGGUGUUUGAACGCUUCCCAGAUCUUCCCCGGGAUCUCCUGAAGUGCCUCUCCACCAAUCACCUGUCUCCGAGUGCCUCGGAGACCUACAAGUCGCUGAUCCAGCAGCAGAGGCGGGAGCUUUGUGCGGCUGUGGCCCCUGGGUCCUCCCCUUCAGAGCUGGAACUGGCAGAGAUGUGGGCCCAGAGGUGGCAGCCUGCCCUUCUGGAGGCCUUGACCUCAGACAUAAUGCUUCUCCAGAGCAAUGCCUCCAGUCACCUCCUGCCAUGGACCCUGCGCACCUUCCCGGGAGCCUUUGAGAUCCUCCAGGCUUCACUUUCUGGUGCCAGCACUGGUCAUCUUCGUGCCUGGGCCUGCCUUGUGUGCAACUGGCGGGCGAUGGGCAGAUCCUGGUCCCUAGAGGAAGGCCUGUCCCAGGAGACCCUUCAGCUGGCUCUGGGCUCCCUGGAUGACAGUGUGCGUCUGGCUGCGCUCGGCCUUCUGUGUGGGGGCCCCGGGACCCGACACCUCCCUUCGGCAUUAGAGGUCGCUACCCUCAAGCAGUUCAUCCCCCUCAACCUGAACAGCGAGUCGUCCCCCUUCCGCCAGCAGCUCCAGGCCAUGGUGAAGAAGCUCCUGGUGCGUAUCCGGGAUGGCUGUCUGGCGUGCCUCCGGAAGGAGAGGAAAGGAGGUGGCAGAGACAUUGGUCAGGAGAUGGAGACGGACUCCCUGCUGAAGCAAGGAGUAGACCUUGUGGACUGGCUGGCUCGCCUCGCCUUCACAUCCGUGGCACCGGGCCUCAGUUACCAGAGGAAGAAGACUGCCUUGCUGUUCCUCUCUGCAGUCCUAGAGACCUGCACAGACACCUGGAGCCCAGACAAAAAGAAGGGCCAGCCUCCAGCUAAUAUGUCAGCCUUGAUCACCUGGGCCAGAUGCAGAGGAUUGUGGGACUUCUUCUCUAUGUCCAACCUUCUGGUUCUCAUUACCUGCUUGGAGGAUUCCACCAAUGAGAUCCGCGAGAUGGCCUCUGAGUUGAUCCUGAAGUUCUUCCCCCUGGGUCUCCCUGAGGAGCUCAGCCGUGCGUUAUUGAAGAGGGCUCAGGUGCUCCUGUGCAGCCCACGUGUGCAGGAGGCGCAGACAGGGGCACUCCUCACCAAGGUCCUCCUUCAAAAGUCCCAGGACAUCUCCAUGGUGUUACAGGAGGGAUUCCACCAGGCUGAUGGGUCCAGGAGUUCCCAGGAGGUGAAGACGGCGGCUAUGGUCCAGUACCUGCUUGGGGAGCUGGACCUCCAUUACCUGACUGCUCGGACGGACAUGCUGCUGGCUGCCAGGACCAGGCCCAUUCACGGUAUCCUCUCCGCAUUGCAGAGAUGCCUUCUGGAGAGCCCACGUGCCCCACUUCCGCUGCAGGGGGCAGCAUUGAGCCAAAAUGUGAUGGCCACCAUACUGAGUUUGCUGGAGAAAAUUACCCACCUUUUACUAGGUAUCCUGUAUGGGGACAAGGCUGACUGUACAGAGGAGGAAGAGGCUCCGCCUUCCUUCUGCGCCAUGGGAAAUGCCAUCCGGACUGUGAUCGCCCAGGGCGGCGGGCAGGAGGGUGAGGGGCAGGGGGAGGAGUGCGUGCUGCUGUCGGAGGAGCACAGCCUGGUGCUCACCUGCUGCUGGGUCUCCUUCAAGGAAAUUGGGAUUUUCUUAGGCGGCCUGGUUGAGAUGGUUUUGGUGGAAAGCCGAGGAGGAGAGUGCCCUCUGAGUACUGAGGACCUGAAAAGGGUGGCAAAGAUUUUCCGGGACAUCCUGCUGAAAUGUCGCCACUGGGGUGCUGUAGAAGGUUGCUGCUGUGGUUUAACCAGGUUUUGUGCCACCCUCUUGGGCAGCUCUGACACGGAGCUGCAGCCGAUCCCAGGCCUCCUGCUGGAACAGGUGCUGGCGGUGCUUCAGGGGCGCAGUGCCACCUCUGUGACCAGGCGGGCGGCUGGCCUACCCAUGCUGGUGCUGUGCAUUCUGUCAGCAGAGGAGGCGGGCAAGGCCAGGCCCUUGCUGGCCCACACCAUGCAGGUUCUGCUGGAGACAGCUGGUCGGCCCGUGUCUGACAACUGGGACCAGACACUAGACCUUCCACAGGUUGGCGCAGUUCACACUCUGCAGGCACUAGUGCGUGGUUCUGGGUUGGGUGUGGCCAUAUUCCAGUUCGCCUCCUCCGUUGCCAUCCUGUCUCUGACACUCCUGAGCUCCCCCUGCUGGGCGAUGAGGAAUGCUGCAUUACAGCUUUACAAUGCCUUAUGCUCACGCAUGUUGGGCCAGCGGCCAAGCAGUGAUGAUGGAUUGGUGCAUCAUGGGAUGUCUCCCCCAGCCUUCUUCACCCACUACCCCGCCUUACAGCCCUUCCUUUUGGGCGAGUUGCAGGGGGCAGCCAGUGAGCUCCUGGGGGCCUCUGGGGAAGCCCGACUUCACCUGCACCCCUCUUUGUUCCCUGUCCUAACCCUCCUGGCUAAGCUGCAGCCGGGAGUCCAGGAUCGCACACAGAGUUUGUCAGACUUCCAGAUGCCUCUGCUACAGCUGGCUGGAAGCCCCAUGUACCACGUUAGAGUGAUGGCAUGUAGAGCCUUGGUUGCCAUGACACCUCCUGUGGAACACAUGAACACUCUGCUGGGAUUGGCCAGACAACUGCCUGACCCUGAUGACCCCUGCUGCCACAACCGCCUGCACGGGCAGCUGCUGCAGAUGAGUGCGCUUCUGGGGAGGGCUGCAGUCAGUGACAACCUGAAGGUCCUGUACCAGGUGGUGGAGCUCUUUGAGUCCAAAUGGUGGUUGGUAACCUCAACCCAGAGGUGCCCCCUUAUCCGGUUGACCUACCUGCAGGUUCUGCACCACCUGAGGGAGUUCUGCUCACCUGGAUUCUCAGAGCAGCUUCAGGCUGAACUUCUCCUGCAGUUGCUUAGUCCCACCCAGGAGCAGCUGGUGGGUUCCUCUUCCUUCCUUCAAAACGCUGCUCGCUUCCUGUUCGAAGAGACUGUGAGACUGGGUGACAUGCGGUCGGUGGCUGAAUUGUGUGAGAACUUUCCAGAAGAGGGUACCGAUGUGCAGCUUGCAUUGGUCAGGUGGAUACUGGAGGAUCAAAGAUGGAGAGGAACCAGCAUGCAUCAAGUUCUGCAGACAGUCCUGCAGGCCAACUUGAAGGCAGCACUGUUGAGUGGGAAUGUUGAGUACAGAAAGACAUACCUGGCAGCUCUGUUGGCCACGCUGACCCCUGCAGACCCCCUCACCCUUCAGCGGCCGGCCUCGCUUCAGGGGGCUGAGCUGCUCCUGGAGGUUCUGGAGAGUGGCGCUGGUGGUCCGGAGCUCCUCUCCCAAGCUCUCGCUGCCCUCAGCCUUUUGCUGGACAUCAGCUCCGAGUCGCCGCUGACUGACCGCUGGUGCCGUCAGCUGGAGAAGUACAGGGUCCCGGAGGCCCCUGAAGUCCUGAGGCUGGCCUGUGCUCAGGCCGUGCGGUUAGCUGGCCCCUCUCUCUUAUGUUCCUGUGUGGGCGGAGGCUCUUCCAGUUCAGCACUGAGUGUUAGGUUGAUCAGCACCGGCCUCCACCUUCUGAAUGACGAGGACCAGCGGGUUCGUGCUGAAGCCGCCUGCUUUGCGUCGGCAGUGGGCCAGCUCCGGGCGGGACAGCCUGGGGAGAGCUGCGUUCAGGUGCAGGCCACCCGGGGGCUGCUGCUGCUCCUCAAUCUGCUGCUGGAGGAGCUGUGGGACGGCCCCGAGACCCUGGAGACUCUGCUGCUGCACCUGCCGGAGCUGGAGCUCGGCGCUGUGCUGAGCAGCAUGCGGGGAUCUGGGCAUUGCAGUCUGUACGAGCAGGACGAGGCGAAUGUGUUUGCUGAGCCGGCAGCAAUGUCGGAGCUGCUGCUCCCCUAUCUGCUUCGACUGGCUGACCGAUACCCACAAUGCUCGUCUCUCCGUGUUUCCAUGGCACUCUGGGUUAGGGAAAACACUGGGCCUGUCUUGGAGAACGUCUCCCUCUGCAAACAGCUCAACCCAGCUGAUUCGGGCUCCUGGCUGCGUCUCCUGGCCGAGCCACGCUUCCACGGGGCCCUGUGCGGCCUCUUUGUCAGGGCCGGCUUCCUGCUGCGUCUCCUGGACACAUGUGAGGAUCUGCGGCCACUGUGUGACCCCUGUGACCUCCGCACGGACUUUCGUAUCGCCCACGGCCUCCUCCGUCGCGGCGGUGUCCUCCUGCCCGCCGGCAUCCCCUUGGCCCUUGGGCUGGAGUGAUCGUCGGGGCAGCCACUUCCCGCGCUGCUUGGAAUCUUUGGCUCACAAAGAGAGACCGUUCGCCUGUAUAAUUACCACACAAGUCUGAACAGGAAUGGUACUUUUUGUACAGUACAGCUCUUGCAGCCUUAUUGCUAAAAUUUUCGUGUGACUACGUCAAUGAGCUUGAGUACUAUGGGAUUUAAACGAUCAGGUUGGCCUUUUUCUUCCCAGACCUGAUUUUUGAGAAUUGCACCUUUUUGUAAUUGCAGUGAUUUUUAAAAUGUUCUUUUAAAUUGGAAUAUAUUUAUUUGUUGUUUUUUUUUUUAAAGAAAAACCAUUUCAGCUGAGUGUUAUUGUAAUAAAAAAUGAUCUA